AUGCAGAUGGUCGAGAUGAUGUGCCAAGUGGUCGGAAAUGUCAAGAGUGCUGCAAAGAAUGCAAUUUUGAUCGGACAAGGAAUGCGUUUAUCCGGACAGCCGCCCCCUUCUGGCGAAGAGUGUCAACGUGUUCCUGACGAGCCGCGUGGUCCGCUGUUCCUGCUUCGGAACUUCUCUCGAGCCGAGACUGCAUGCGAUGCGUCUCGCCUAGCACGCUGCUCGGAAUCCAUAUAA